UUUCCGGGAAGGUAACUUCCGGCUUCCGGCUCUCCUGUUUCCAUGGAGUUGAGGACGUCUAUCAUUUAGAAAAGCAAGGGGAAUCAUAACUGGUCAAAGAAAAAAAAACAUAAAUUAGCUUGGUGCUUUGUCAAAGAGGUCGGGGUUUAAGCAGCACCCAAAAGGAAGAAAGAGUGCGUUUCAGCAUCUGGCGAUCAGAAACCAUUGAUGUAUUAUGGAGUUGGACUCCAGCGACUGAGCAGGAGGCGUUAGCGAUAAAACAGCUCUGGGACGGGUAAAGCAUUCGGCACUGGCAAGCUCCUGCGUGUGAGGAUUUAAGCAAAAAGCCCAGAUUUUGUGGAAAUAUUGACAAUGGCAGCAGCACACUCUGUUUUUGCUUUUGCUGUCUGUUUUCUAAUGAUAUCUGAAUUUAUACUGGCAAAGAAAGAUUAUUAUGAAAUUUUGGGUGUGCCAAAAAAUUCAUCUGACCGUCAAAUAAAGAAAGCAUUUCACAAGCUUGCAAUGAAAUACCAUCCAGAUAAAAAUAAAAGUCCAGAUGCAGAGACAAAGUUCAGAGAAAUUGCUGAAGCAUAUGAAGUCCUUUCGGAUGAGAAGAAAAGGAAAGAAUACGAUCACAUGGGUCAUCAAUUUUUUAAUGCAGGCAAUGGUGCCCAACAUGCCCAUUCUUUCAAUUUCAACUUUGAUGACUUUCUUAAAGAUUUUGACUUUGAUUUAGGCCACAGAACACAUCACAAAAAACAUUUUGAUAGUCACUUCAGGGCACAGCAGGAGGGCCACAAUGCGCACAGAUUUGCCUUUGGAGAUAGGCAGUUUCCUUUUGGAGGUGGAUUGUUCGAUGAUGUAUUUGAAGACAUGGAGAAGAUGUUCUCAUUCACCAGCUUUGGCAGCACACACAAACACACAGUGAGAACUGAGAAGUUCCAAAGCUCUAGCAAGCAGCACUGCAAGACUGUUACACAGCGCAGAGGAAACAUGGUGACCACAUACACAGACUGUUCAGUGCCAUAAAUUGGCUAAAUGUACAUAAUCAUAUCAGCAUGGUUUGCUUGACAUCUUUGUCAUGGCCUAUUCCUGGGCAGAAGUGUCAAGAAAGGCAAUAUGAGUUACGUUGCGCAAAAAAAAGCUUUCCUCUCCGUCUUUGUAAACCUUCCAGACAUUUAUUGCGUGCUGUGGCUAAUUUCAGCUAGAAACUGUAUUUAGCCUUUACAGUCACCAUUUUCUAGCUUAGUAAUUUCAAGCAUAUGCUUAAUAAAUACAAAGCAAUAGUAAUGAUGUAUGAGCUAGCACAGGAGGUAAACCAACAAGUUUGGAUAAAAUAAUGGUGAAACAGGUUAUUCUGUAAAAUGUUAUGCUUUACGCUGUUUAUGUAUUUGUUUAAUCCUGAUGUUCAAAAUUUGUUUAACUUCGUUUGAGGACAGAUCUUGCAUCUUGCCAUGGCUAAUGAAGGCAGAAUGCUGUACUCUGAUAGCUAAUCUUACAAGAUUAUCUAUUAAUUUCCUUAAUACAAUCUACAUGGUAUCCUACAAUUCAUCGUAAUUCAAUUUCAACAGUAUGAGUGAUAGGUCCAUGCCUUAUUUAUUGCUUUGGUUUUUUUUUUCGGUUUAGCUGGCUUUGUGUUUGGAUAAGAUGUUGGACUUUGGUUUAAAAGAAGGUUGUGAAAAGCACACUUAACAAGGAUUAGCUUCAAGUUCAAACCAGAAUUGUAACAUUGUAUAUUUUGUGUGGAGAUUCUCAAAAUUUAAUUAAAGUUUGUUAACUUCUGUGUAGAUAUUGUGAUAUAUAGUUGAAGAUAAAUAUUUAAAAGCUUAAUUCCUGCACUGUUUAUCAAAAUGCAGGGUUCAUAAUUCUAUUUGGUGCUAUGUAAGGUUGCUUUAUUAAUCUAGUGCUUUGAAUUAUUUUUGAACUGUCCCUAAACCACCUUAGGUUUAGUGAUAAAAGCAUUUUUUAAAAUUCUUUACAACUAUAAAAAUCUACUUUUGAAAUAUGAUACAUGAGGAAAAGCACUAGACCUUCGCUCGUUUUGGAUUUCUGUAACACUCAGCAACUAACAUUGCAAGACUAACAGAAUUAAAUGUUUCUAAACGAUUAAUGAUUAAUUAUUCUCCACUAACCUAUACUCUAGGUAUUCCACACAAUUCCUUUUUUGUUAUAUUCUGAUCACUUGUUUAUCUUGCCAUACGUCUCUCUCCUGUCUUUUGAUUAUUGUAAAGUUUGUAAGAUCUGAUUACCUCAUUUCAUUGUCUUAAAAUUACAGGUAAAGCACUGUGUACUGUCAUAUGUGCAAUAUUAUUUUGCAGACUUGUUUUUGCAUUGCGGAUGUGUAGAUUCCGUUAGUUUAUUAAAAUUUGUGAAACCUG